CGCUGUGAUCCGACGGUCAACCCCUCCCUUCUCCCCCUUCUCCUCCUCUUCCCUUCUAUUUUAGGACCAGUUUCUUCAACAGUUGGAUUUAAGGUUUUAGUUCAAGAGCAGGGACGGAGAGAAGUCGGAACUUUUGGUUAAAAAUAAAUUUAUUUUAAGUGAUUUUUUAAAAUGGAGGCAUUGCUUCCUUUGCUCCAGAUGAGAGCACAGAUGCUCCAGGAUUCUAAUAUGUUGGAGAAUAGGCAGAGAUACACCUCCACUGCCUCAUCCAUUCCUUCCUCUCCAACUACACCUAUCUCUCCAUCCAAUAUGUCUCCAUUUAUGAAUUGUUGGAUGGACAAUAACCAUCAGCAACAGCAACAACAGGCGUACUUAAACCAAUUAGCAGCGAUUAAUAUGCAACUGCAACAGCGUAGAUUACUCCACUCCUCCACUUCCUCACCCAACCCUCUCACCCCGGCACUCGAGAGCCCAACAGAGAAAAAGAAGAAUAUAUUCAAUUUUGAACUUGAAUUACCAAGGUUUAAACCUAACCCUGAGCCCCAGGAGGAACCUAUAGACCUGAGUAGCACUAAAUCUCAGGGUAGGGAGUCAAGUACUACCCUAGAUACACUGGAAACCCCGUCCAUCAAGUCAGAGCCUGACACGGAGCAGGAUUCAAGGUUGGAAACCCAGUCUGAUAUAUCCGAGUCCCCCCUGGUAUCUGGAAGAAAGCGGAGUAGAUCGACCAGCUUUGAAGAACUCCAGUUUGAAGAGAGUGAGGACGAUGAUGUGUUUGAGAAAUCUCCGCUCCCUGCCCUUGACCCUAAACCUGCGUUUAGACCAUAUGAGAAAGGUGUGAAACGGCGGUUUUCCGUCCCUGCCCCCCUUCCUCUACCAUCUAUACCAUUGAACCAUUCUCUACCUUCUGCACACAGUCUACCAUCUCCCUACUCAUCACCUCACUUCCCCUUCUCCCCUCAUAUUCCCUUCAUGGAACAGAUUUCUCCAUUCACUCCUCAUUUCAACUCAGUUUUCCGUUUCCCACCCCCGGGUUCCUUCCUACCGCCGGACUGGUUAAAUUCAUCGCCAAAAUUUCCACCCGCAUCACCCCUGGAUCUACCGCCCAUGGGUUCAUCUAGUUUCCCGCCAACACAGGCGGAAUCUGAAGCUCGGCGGUUGUUUCUUUCUCGCCUCCAUUCGACGGUUUUAAAGCUAGAACGGCGGGAGGAUGAUGAAGAGGAAACGACGGGUAGAAAGCAAGCACUGGCGGGUUAUCAGGUACAGGGAACUGGACCUAUACAGCUGUGGCAGUUUUUACUUGAACUUUUAACAGAUCCUGGCUGUCAACAUUUCAUCUGUUGGACAGGGGAGGGAUGGGAGUUCAAACUAACAGACCCUGAUGAGGUAGCCCGAAGAUGGGGAAUGAGGAAGAAUAAACCAAAGAUGAAUUAUGAGAAACUAUCCAGGGGUCUCAGAUACUACUAUGAUAAGAAUAUCAUUCAUAAAACUAUGGGGAAAAGGUACGUUUAUAGAUUUGUUUGUGAUUUACAGAACCUGUUAGGCUAUACACCCACCCAGCUGCACUCCAUGGUACAGCAGAUUUCGUAGAUUAUUAUGUACAAUUGCCGCAGUAGUUGUCCAUACAGGAUUCAUUCAGUGUUGACUCUGCCUUGGAGCAAAAAAUAACCAAUUCUCGAGUUCACAAUUGCUGUACGCGCUUGCAGUUAGCAGAUUUGCGGAGCAGUACUGCAGUAGUCAUUUGUAUACAUUUCUUCCAUUUACAAUCUUAACAUGUACCGUUAUUCUCAUAUUCUUGGUGAUAAUUGUCUUCCAACAUAAUCGUCUUCCAGCAGUGCAUGUUCAAAUUGUACUGUACAUUGUACAUAGUAUUUGUAGUUUUUGCAUUUUUUGCAAUAAAUAUAGCUAUAUUUAAUUCUAUGUUUGCAAAUCCGCAUCAAAUGCAAACAUUUCUAUUUUAAUUUUCUUGAAAUAUAUUUGAAUUUUAUCUAAA